CUACACGCUAGGUUAAACCCCAAAUUGGGUAACUGUCCAGCGACAGCACCUGCUGGAACGGAUCAUCCAGAGCUGGAGAAAGACUGGGACUGCCUUGAAAAGCAAACAUUUUGGCCAGCAAUCCAGCCAGGACUGGACUUUGAACUUAAAAUGCCAAAGGUGAAAGACAAGGCAAAGGAAUAUCCAACCGUGAAGGACCUGCAGAAUGUUUUGGACUCUUGUAAGCUACACCUCGGCCAAAUCAAUGAAGUAUGGCCGAACAUAUACAUAGGAAAUUUGGCAGUAGCCCAAAACAAGGCUGUCCUGCUGAAUUUAGGCAUAACUCAUGUGUUAAACGCAGCUCACUCCAAGCAAGGCAGCCUAGGGAACCAGAGCUUUUAUGGCAAGGACUUUGUGUAUUUUGGCAUUCCAGCAGAUGACUCGACCUACUUUGAUCUGGACGUUUACUUCCAGCCUGGAGCAGAUUUCAUUCAUAAAGCUCUGAAGUCACCUGGUGGAAAGGUUUUGGUGCAUUGCAUUAUGGGAAUGAGCCGUUCGUCGACUUUGGUACUGGCCUACCUCAUGAUCUACCAUCAGCUCCCCCUCAAACAAGCCCUACAGAAAGUUAUCAAGAAGAGAGCAAUCUACCCAAACAGGAAUUUCCUGGCUUUGCUGCUGGAUCUGGAUCUUCAGCUGACGAGGAAAAAGAAAACCUGUCAGAUCCUGUAGAACUAUUCCGCUUUGCAGGUUCACAGCAAGACGUAAGGCAGUCUGUUGAUCCAGCUGUCUGGACAGUGGCAUUUCUGUAGAAAGAUGUUUUGGCUUAGCUGGCUGGGAUAUUUAGAUUGAUACUGAUAUUAUACUGGAAUCUUAAACCUAAAAUGGUAAUCAGGGUACUUAUCUACGUCUACAAUAACUCCACCUUUCAGAUGCCUCCCGCUUAAAAAAAAAAAUAAAGAAAGAAAAAGAACACCAAAA